GGCAGCAGCGGCGGGGACGACGCGAUGCCGGCGGCGGCCGGGGGGCUGCUGUGGUGGAGCUGCUGCGUGCUGGCGGCUACGGCCGGGGCCCCGCGGGUCUCCGCGGCCGCGCAGGCAGUGUGUGCUGGGACUGAGAACAAGCUGAGCUCCCUCUCUGACCUGGAGCAGCAGUACCGGGCCCUGCGCAAGUACUAUGAGAACUGUGAGGUAGUUAUGGGCAACCUGGAGAUCACCAGCAUUGAGCACAACCGAGACCUCUCCUUCCUGCGGUCUAUCCGAGAAGUCACAGGCUACGUUUUGGUGGCUUUGAAUCAGUUUGAAUACCUUCCCUUGGAGAACCUGCGCAUCGUCCGUGGGACCAAACUCUACGAAGAGAGAUAUGCUUUGGCUAUAUUUCUUAACUACAGAAAGGAUGGGAACUUUGGACUCAGGGAACUUGGCUUGAAGAACUUAACAGAAAUACUGAAUGGAGGGGUGUAUGUUGGCCAGAACAAAUUUCUUUGCUUCGCAGACACCAUUCAUUGGCAGGAUAUCGUGCGUAACCCCUGGGCCUCCAACUUCACUUUGGUUCCAACGAAUGGCAGCUCAGGAUGUGGUCGAUGCCACAAGUCCUGCACAGGCCGAUGCUGGGGACCCACAGAGAAUCACUGCCAGACUUUGACGAAGACGGUGUGUGCGGAGCAGUGUGACGGACGGUGCUACGGGCCCUACGUCAGCGACUGCUGCCACCGCGAGUGCGCCGGAGGCUGUUCCGGGCCUAAGGACACCGAUUGUUUUGCCUGUAUGAAUUUCAAUGACAGUGGAGCAUGUGUCACGCAGUGCCCCCAGACUUUUGUCUACAACCCUACCACCUUCCAGCUGGAGCACAAUCACAAUGCCAAGUACACCUAUGGGGCUUUUUGCGUCAAAAAGUGCCCACACAACUUUGUGGUGGAUUCCAGCUCUUGUGUCCGUGCAUGUCCCAGUUCCAAGAUGGAGGUUGAAGAAAAUGGUAUUAAGAUGUGCAAGCCCUGCACUGACAUUUGUCCUAAAGCGUGUGAUGGCAUUGGGACAGGGAGUUUAGUGUCAGCUCAGACGGUGGAUUCCAGCAACAUUGACAAGUUCAUAAACUGUACCAAGAUCAAUGGCAACCUUAUCUUCCUUGUCACUGGGAUUCAUGGGGACCCGUAUCACACAAUUGCUGCAAUCAAUCCAGAGAAACUAAAUAUUUUCCAAACUGUGAGAGAGAUAACAGGGUAUUUGAACAUACAGUCAUGGCCUGAGAACAUGACAGAUUUCAGGGUGUUUUCUAAUUUGGUUACUAUUGGUGGAAGAGCUCUCUAUAGUGGCCUUUCCUUACUCAUCCUGAAGCAGCAAGGCAUUACCUCUCUGCAGUUUCAGUCCCUGAAGCAAAUCAGUGCUGGCAACAUCUACAUAACAGACAACAGCAACCUGUGCUACUACCACACUGUCAACUGGACCAGCCUCUUCAGCACACCCAGUCAGAAGACAGUGAUUCAUCGAAACAAAAAGGCAGAGAACUGCACUGCUGAUGGAAUGGUGUGUAAUGAGUUGUGCUCAAGUGAUGGCUGCUGGGGGCCAGGCCCAGACCAGUGUCUCUCCUGCAAGCGUUUCAUCAGGGGAAGGACCUGCAUAGACUCCUGUAACCUGUAUGAUGGGGAAUUUCGAGAGUUUGCAAAUGGUUCUGUCUGCGUGGAGUGUGAUCCCCAGUGUGAAAAGAUGGAAGAAAACAUGAUCACGUGCUAUGGGCCGGGACCUGACCACUGCACAAAGUGUUUCCAUUUUAAGGAUGGUCCAAAUUGUGUGGAAAAGUGUCCUGAUGGCUUACAGGGGGCUAACAGCUUCAUUUUCAAAUAUGCUGAUGAGGAUCGUGAGUGCCAUCCAUGUCAUCCGAACUGCACCCAAGGGUGUAGAGGUCCCGCUAGUCAUGACUGCAUUUACUAUCCAUGGACACGACAGUCCACUUUACCACAACAUGCUAGGACCCCUCUGAUUGCUGCUGGAGUUAUUGGUGGCCUCUUCAUCAUCGUCAUCGUGGGCCUGACGUUUGCUGUGUAUGUUCGGCGCAAAAGCAUUAAAAAGAAGAGAGCACUGAGAAGAUUCCUGGAGACUGAGCUUGUGGAACCCUUGACUCCAAGUGGCACAGCACCCAACCAAGCACAGCUUCGUAUCCUGAAGGAGACUGAGCUGAAGAGAGUCAAGGUUCUGGGCUCUGGAGCCUUUGGAACUGUAUACAAGGGCAUUUGGGUCCCUGAGGGUGAAACUGUAAAGAUCCCUGUGGCCAUUAAGAUCCUCAAUGAGACCACUGGGCCAAAAGCCAAUGUGGAGUUUAUGGAUGAAGCUCUGAUCAUGGCCAGCAUGGACCACCCCCACCUGGUGAGACUCCUGGGUGUCUGCUUAAGCCCAACCAUUCAACUAGUCACUCAGCUGAUGCCUCAUGGCUGCCUGUUGGAUUAUGUUCAUGAACAUAAGGAUAAUAUCGGCUCCCAGCUUCUGCUAAACUGGUGUGUUCAGAUAGCUAAGGGAAUGAUGUACCUGGAAGAGAGGAGACUUGUCCACCGGGACUUGGCAGCUCGUAAUGUCUUGGUGAAAUCACCAAACCACGUGAAGAUCACUGACUUUGGCUUGGCCAGACUUCUGGAAGGAGAUGAGAAGGAGUAUAAUGCUGAUGGUGGAAAGAUGCCGAUUAAGUGGAUGGCUCUGGAGUGCAUACACUACAGGAAAUUUACCCAUCAGAGUGAUGUUUGGAGCUACGGAGUGACUAUCUGGGAGCUUAUGACCUUUGGUGGGAAGCCCUACGAUGGAAUCCCAACUCGAGAGAUCCCUGACCUCCUGGAGAAGGGAGAACGGUUGCCCCAGCCUCCCAUCUGCACUAUUGAUGUUUAUAUGGUGAUGGUGAAAUGCUGGAUGAUUGAUGCGGACAGUCGGCCAAAAUUCAAGGAGCUGGCUGCUGAAUUCUCUAGAAUGGCUCGAGACCCUCAGAGAUACCUAGUAAUUCAGGGAGAUGAUCGUAUGAAGCUCCCGAGCCCAAAUGACAGCAAGUUCUUCCAAAACCUUCUCGAUGAGGAAGACCUGGAAGAUAUGAUGGAUGCUGAAGAGUAUCUUGUUCCUCAAGCCUUCAACAUCCCUCCACCCAUCUACACCUCCAGGACAAGAAUUGAUUCCAACAGGAACCAGUUUGUGUACAGAGACGGUGGCUACGCUGCAGAAGUGCCCAUGCCGUACAGAGCUCCUGGCUGCAUAAUACCAGAAGCCCCAGUCGCCCAAGGGGCCGCGGCAGAGAUCUUUGAAGAUAGCUGCUGUAACGGCACGCUACGAAAACAAGCGGCGACCCUGGCAAAAGAGGACAGCAGCACCCAGAGGUACAGCGCCGAUCCCACCGUCUUCAUCCCUGAGCGGGUCGUCCGAGGAGAGCUGGAUGAGGAUGGGUACAUGACGCCGAUGCGAGACAAACCCAAAACAGAUUACCUAAACCCGGUGGAAGAGAACCCAUUUGUUUCCCGGCGAAAGAACGGAGAUCUCCAAGCUGUGGACAACCCAGAGUAUCACAAAGCUCCGAACGGGCAGCCCAAAGCGGAGGACGAGUACGUGAACGAGCCGUUGUACCUCAACACUUUUGCAAACACCUUGGAAAACACCGAGUACCUGAAGAACAAUUUGCCAGAGAAAGCCAAGAAGGCCUUUGACAACCCAGACUACUGGAAUCACAGCCUGCCCCUGCGGAGCACCCUCCAGCACCCGGACUACCUGCAAGAUUACAGCACAAAAUACUUUUACAAACAGAACGGACGGAUCCGGCCCAUUGUGGCGGAGAAUCCCGAAUACCUCUCCGAGUUCUCCCUGAAGCCUGGCACUGUGCUGCCCCCGCCGCCCUACAGACACCGAAAUACCGUGGUGUAGCGACCGCGGGCCGACGGAAGCGGAACGGCGGCUCCUUCCGGCCGCCCCGCUCUUUCGCUCUCCUUUUCUCUCCCUUUCUCCCACGAGCUUUCUCUUCUUGCCGGUUCAUUCGUCUUUGACAUUUCCAAGUGAAAGAACGUCUCGGACUCAUUCGCGGGUUGGGUCGGGAACCCGGAAGGGAGGAAAGAGACCGAAAGAAGGCGCGUACAGCCUGGCGUUUUUUACCUUCCGCGGAUCCGGAGGGUCGGAGAAGCCAGUCGCUCGAGGACGGCGGCAGCGUUGCCCGCUCCGGAGCUAGUUCUCGCCGAUUCCACCCAGACCCCGUAGGGAAGCCUCAGAGAGGACGUGUCUUUCAGCAGGAGCCGAUGAGAGUCUAUACAGCGUUCCUGGAAAUCUCAACGCCGUUUCUAUCAGGGGGCAAAAAGGACAAUUUUUAUAUCGUGUGUGACGGCGUGGUCAUUCAGCUUGAGAAUCCAGUGUCUUUCUCUAACGCUUUCUACCCCGGCAACCAAACCCGGCUAACCCGGCUUUUCGUAAUCGUUCGGACGGAUCUUCUUCGCGGCUUUCCGAGGACCGACGACGUGACUCCGAUAUAGGGCGCGACCCUUUCUCGGAGCCACGCCGUGAUCUCGUGCCGAUUCCUAACCGCGGAGCCUCCGGCUCGGCACCGGUACGCGACACGACCGUUUCUUAGUAGACGUGCCGACGCCAAAACCGCUUUCGACACGCGAACCCUUUCACGGGAGAGAAACGAAACUCACGCCUCCGACGUGUUCCUUUUGAAGCUGAAAGACGGGCCCAGAAACCAAGAUGUGUACGCAAAAAGCUUUGCUUUCCUGUUUUAUACCUGCUGACUAUAGAUACAUACGAGACCCAAACCAGUUCGUCCCUCUUAGUCUUCUUUGUGGUCACGAAGGGAGCUGGGGGUGCUGUCAGGCAACACCGAGGAGGAGACGGAGAACCGGAGAGUUCGGUAAGAGGCAUGAAGUCUGCUGGCGUUCUUUGGUGCGGUGUUGGGGAAGGGUUCUUUAAACCGGAAGAUAGACACUGGACCGGAGAAAACGCACAUAGCCGUUGACUGGAAAGUUAAUUUGCACUUAAGCUCCAAUUUUAUUUGAACUGUUUUCUGGAUUUUGGAUGAAGCAAUAUGGAAGUGACCAGCAAAAUACAAAAUAAUAAUUUUAAAUUAAAAAAAAAAAAAAUAAAAGUAAUUAUAUUUAAAAGCUGACUGUGGAAAUGCCAAAACGAAGCGAAUGCAGUCUUUGGAAAAGCGUCUGCCGGUUCUGAGAGGCCGUUGCGUCGACCGCUUCAGAGAAUACAGCGAGAGAGCAACCGGCUCCCGCUGCUGCCACGUGAAGGACAGCAGAGCGAGCCCUGAAAGGGAUCAGAGGAGACAGAUGUCUCGCCCUGGCUUGCAGCAGGGCACGGAAUACUUUCGGGGAAAAAAAAAGGAGGAUGACUCCGGCACGGAAGAUGGCGCACGUGAGGUUGGACAAGUCAAAACGCGCGUGAGCCGCGGAGCUUUGCUUCGCAAAUGUAAACAGUUGUGACUCCGUCUCCUUGCGCUUAGUUCUGCUUUCAUCAACCUGCAUUUUUAGGUAGACGCCCCCACCCCGCUCCCCGGCCUGCUCCUCUUUGGAAAUAUCUUUCAGCCAGACUUCUGGACGUUUUUAGCGGCCUGAGGCAGACGGAGCCGGGAAGGGACGCGUAAGGCCCGGAGACGCCGACGGCUCCUUCCCGAUACGCCGAGACCCGUGCGUGCGAGAGCGGUCGUGUACCCGGUUCCCGCCAGCAACCUUAAGGAACUAUUAAGUACCUCGGAAGAUCUGCCCACGUCUCUAUCCGUCGAGGCUUUUAAAGGGGAAGAAACGGUACCCGGUGGACGCCAGCCUUAGGCGACACGACCGCGUUUCUGUUUACGCGCUUCGGUCCCGUUAAGAGUCGAGAUCUUUUGGGUGACCUAACCUGGCGACAAAGCCCGCGACAACGAGCGGUCCGGAAACGGCAGCGAGCUCCUCCGGGUUCCCGUCGCCUCAACAGCUUGACACCUUUAACCGUAGGGAAGCCGAGAAAGGAGUAAGAAAUGAGUAAUAGUUACCCACAUCUUGGUGGCUGAGGGGCAGCUCGACCGAGGAACAAAGGGAUUUCAAACCCGGGUUUGCCGUUAUGUGCGUAGAUGGGAAAGAAACGGAGUAUAAUCACUAGGUCAGGGGCGGUUCGGCCGACAGCCUGGGUCUGCGUCGGGUGUGUCCGGGCCGGCUCGAUCCAGCUGCAGGGGAGACGAUAAACCCGUAAACCGAGCACGUAGCCGAAGAGUCCGAAAAGAGCAAGAAGGGGUAUAGAUCUUUGAAGCCGUUGAGAGGAGAUGUCGGUUCCGGCGGUACCGAGGUGCGGUCCGUGGCUGGCGAGCAACGUGACCGGGAAACCGUUGAAGCGGGAUAGAUGGUUACAAAAGCAUCGUGCGCCUGGGAGGCCUUGUUAGGGGACAGAGACGGGAACCGGGCAGGGGCUCGGGGGCACAGAGGGGUGGCGUGAAGUCCUGGAGACACCACUCCCGGGAAGGUUUGCCGGCUGUGGCGCUCACAGGAUGUCAUCCGGAGCACGGGCAAAGAUCUGCCAGGUCGGGAUGCAAUUGCCGAGCCGCUCGGGAACGAGGCCCGGCACGGAAUUGCGGACGUCCGGUUUCGGCGCGGAAGCGGCCCGGGUUACGUAGGUAGGUGGAGAAAGGGGUGGAUUUGUCCCCGAACGAGUCUUGUAACAGAGUAGCUCCUAAAGGAGAAAAAGAGAAAAUAAGAUCCCGGUACAGCUUGCGUGUUUGAGUUCGAAGGGCUGCGCCCAGAGGCCGCCGGGGCGGAACACGCGCCCCUGGGCGCGAUGGCUCCGAGAUGCAGCUGCUAACGGAAGGUGAGGCCUGUUUGUUUCUCUGGUAAUUAAUAGUUACCGGUGCUAGAAACAAGGCCAUCGAAUAGGCAAAGUGUAAAUAAGGGUGGGGUUUUUUUAACAAUUUAACAUUUUAUUUCUUAGAAAACUUGAAUUAUUUAUUCGUUUUAACGGCCGACCGUGGGUGUGAUACCACGUAUCGAGUAGCGUGGAAACGCAGGGGUUCCCUGCAGCGAGGCAGCGUGAAGCGGCAGCGUAUAGAGGCCGGAAGCCGCCUGACACGGGGGGGGCUUGGACACAGCUAGGAUGAGCCGUGCCAGCCGCGUCUCGGAUAGAACAGAGCAAGUAAAGGGUUAACGAACGCGGUAAAUCAUCACGAUGGGAAACUGGACAGGCUGCAGCUUCACAAAUGGGCACUCCCCCCCCCCCCCCCCCCCCCCCCCCCUCCGCGUUUCCUCGGAAGAGUAGCGCCUCUCGGCUACUUGGGCGGAUUUUUGUCUCUUUGCUAAAGAAAGCUUAACGAUGGUCCCAGAAGCAAAGAGGAGAACGGAACCGUUUGGCCGCUUUGUCCGAUCGGCAAUAAAAACCCGCUUGGCCCAAACACACGUAUUUGCCUUAGAGGGUAUAAGCUGCAGGCUUGCAGACAGAAGUCGGGCAAACGUGCGUGGCAAAUACCGAACCGAUUGUGUUGGGAAAGGUGAGGGUCAGGGGUUUUAAUAAGCGAUUACAGGCUUGGGAGAAAAGCGGGUAUUUCCACACGGAAAGUUCAUUUUGUCAGCACCGAGCGCUAGGCGAGAGCGGCAGCGCACGUGCUUUGUCUGCCUCGAAUUAAUUGUCUAGUUCUAGGGUGGUAUCUGUACGCGGCACUGUCGGGUUUGAUGGGGUUUAUGACGCAGUCUCUCACUUGUCAACGUUUGUUUUCCUCUCCCGUACGGUAGCCCGUGCGACGGAGGGGCGGUGCCAGACUCGGCGAGCGCGGGUACCCGAGCGCGUAUCGGCCGUUGUCCGAGGCACAAAGCAACGCGCUAAACGAAAGAGAACGACAGCUUCUUUUUUCUUAAGCUCUUUCGGUGAUACUUGUCUUAGAUGUUAUUAUCUAUCUGAGAGUUACUUUAGACAAACGCGGACGCCGGACCCGAUGGACUUCCUGCAACGUCAGUGACCGAAACCGACUGCCGUCAGGUUUCUCUCCUCAGCUCUUUUCAAAUUUUUCUUCUUCCGCAGAAUAGCCAGGAGGGGUUCUUACAUGGCGUUUCCCUCAGAUGUAGCGGAGUAUUUGCAGCUUGCUUUCGAACGGGUCGCCUCUCGCGGGUAGCGAGCCACGUAGGUCCGAGCGAGUCUCGGGAGCAGGAGCCACCGUGCGGGUCAGUUACGGGCACCCUGAGCUCAGCCGGAAAUCCCUUCCUUCGUACGGAGGAAGGUCGCCUGAACCCUGGCCGUGCCAGUCAUUUAGCAGAAGACGUGAUUCUCGACCGCAGGAAUCGGACGCGGCGUUCUCGUUCCGGUCGUUUCCCGGAUUCACGGUGAAACGCCUUUCCCUUCCUGUCGCGCGGUCGGUAAGCCCAGAGGUUGCGCGUGAAGCCGGGAGGCUCGCUCCCCGCCCCCCGGUACCUGUUUGCUCUGAAGGUCUGAGAGCGAGGCUACAGGCGAGAUAUUCCCCCACCCUCAGCCACCACCGGUCCCAGGCUAGAAGCGAGGAAAGCGGCAGCUCUGAAAGACCGGCUCGGUCCUGACCGUGGAUCAAUUCUCUCUGUAGCUGUAGGUAGGGCUGAGCAGUACAGGAGUCCAGCACCAGACGUGAGGUAAGUCAGCCUAGACGUACAGCUCGGGGCUGGUGUUUCUUUGAGGACGUAUCUACGUGGGAAGCGUUAUAUUUAUUUUUCUGAUGGGGCGUCUGUAGUUGUCCUGCAUCCUGGUGGCACCUAAGGAACGAAGGGAUCAUUUGGGCUCCUUUAUACCGUCCAGGAGAUGAGGCGACUUUGGCACAAGUCAGAGUCAGGUUAACACGGUAACACGGAUGCCCCGGGGACCAAAAGCAGGGGCAUCGAUCAGUCGGCGGGGUGGUUUUUUUCCCUCGUUAGCACGACCGGCGUACCGGGGCUUGCGCCCCGACUUCCCGAACGCGUUUUGGAACUAUUUUGCUCGGGUAGGUGUUUACCUGCUUUGAAGGCCGUUUAGCUUGAGGGUGACCGGUGGAACGGAGGCUUUAGCGUGAACCGGAGCCAAGGCUCCGGUUAUCGGUCACCUCCGUGGCUCUCAAAGGGGACGCUAUCGGCUCGCCUUCCCGUCGGCAAAGAUGUUUCCAAAGGUGACGUUUGCGGCUACCCGGAGACCGUUUGUCUGUCUGUUUCUAGCCCUAUCGGUUACGGUAUUCUCCUUCCCGAUGAUCUUAGACCUCUGCUGCUGGCAAAACAGCUCGUCCGUUGUUACAGAAAAUCUAGGCUUUGGGUUUAAUUUUAUUUUUUUAGAAAGCCGAGGCUGUGUGGGGUGGGGUCGGUCGGCUGCAGCGUUCACGCUCCAUCGCACGGAAGGAGCCACGGUUGUCCCAAAGGGCAGCCUCUUUGUUUGCAGUAUUCCUUCUUUUUUAUUUUCUGCCUCUCACUAAAAGAUUUACAGAAGUACAAAAGGCCCCUGUUGCAAAUAGGGCGUUCGGAUGUGGAAAAAAUAACCGACACAAAGCACCGUUCCGAAACGCCCGAGACACCUUUGGUUUCGUUUCCUUUUCCUGUGCUUGUCGUGCGGAUUAGUUGGUUACCCUGGUAGGCUCGUUGCUCCGGGGGAAAUGCUGGCCGGGUGAGGCUGUUGCCAGGGACGUGGCACAGAUGGCUGGGGACCGGGAA